CCCUCCCUCUCCUUCCCCGCCCUUCCCCCCCUCCACUCCUCCAAUCCGUCCCUGUGUCCCACUAAAGCGAUUUUAGCGCAUGCAGGGACUCGUCCCUGCGGCUACGGAUGGCAACAUGGCGACAGAGGUAAGUCUCUCAUGUUAUGUGUUUAAUUUUCCAGCUGAAGCGUCAGUUUAGGAGAUAUAAUCUCAUUCUCACGGUGAUAAAACGGGCGCGGGGGCAGUGGACACGGUCAGUGAGUGCAAUGAGGCUGUACACGGUUUCAACAAAACCUAAAUCACCACGGACGGCACUGUUCUACAUUAAGAUGCCAGUUCUGUCCGAGGCUGGUCGUUUCCCCUCCCUGUAGGAGUGCUCUGACAUUUUGAAGGUAAAAAUUUGCAAAUCUCUAAGUCCGCCUCGUCUAAUAGAAACUAAAAUGGGGAAAAUCAGUGAAAUAAAGCUCGAUGUUUUGGUGGAAGCAUAUCUGUUGUUGUCUGUGUCUGAUGAGACGCCCUGUUAAUCCGGUGACAGGCUGUAUGGACACUGACCACACACACACACAUACAAAUAGUCACACACUUGCGCACACACGACCACACACGUAGAGGAAUCAGCACCACGGACAGCAGCCCUGACCUUCCUCCCUGCAUUUUCUCUCGCCUCCAUCUGCGCUCUCAUUAAAAUGAAGCGGAAAAAAGUAAAAAAAAGAACACUAAAUUGGUAAAUAUCCAACAUGCUCUGUGAUGAAAGCAGCAUGUCCAGUUCUAAGUACCGGAUCGCAAAAGCUUUGUGUGGCUUUUAUCCACCAGGUUCGUCUUGUUCAGUCCGAUCGAUCUGUUGUAGUGAAAUGUUGUCCGUCUCCUGCAGGCUUUACUUCCCAGCAGGACCUGAGAAUGAAAGUGUGUGUGUGUGUGUGUGUGUGUGUGUGUGUGUGUGUGUGUGUGUGUGUGUGUGUGUGUGUGUGUGUGUUUGAAAGAUAGUAUGUCCAAUACCGGGCCAUGCUCCAACAGCAGCAGCAGCAGAUACAGGGCCACACAGUGAUUGAUCACAUCUCGUUUGCUUCUCCUCCAUCAUCCAAUAACUCAGAAUCAGCUGAUGUUUGUACACAUUAGGAGUGAACAGGUGCAACGAGAGCUGGAGCUCUCUCUGAGGGAUCAUUAAGUACACACUUUAUUAAAUUUACAUUUGUGUGUGUGUGUUUCAUCCUUCUUAGUUCCACAACCUGCAGGAGUUGAGACACAGUGCAUCUCUGGCAAAUAAAGUCUUCAUCCAGAGAGACUACAGUGAAGGGACCACCUGCAGGUUUCAGACCAAGUUCCCCUCUGAGCUGGAGAGCAGGGUAAGACCACUGUGUAUUGUAGUGCUAUGUGUAUGCAAAUGUGCGUUUGUUUGUGUAGCCAUGAGUACUUCUUAUAAAAGAAUACUUUAUGAUGUGUGUGUGUGUGAGAGAUAGGUUUGUUUUUCAUUUAUAGCAACAGAUUUAUUAUUGAUCUGCAGUUUAACAAAUGUUUACAGAUAUUAUAGGUAACACUUUUCAAUAACCAUAAUUUAUAAAUGGCAAAUAGAUAGUUUAUUAAUGUAAGUGAACAGUUACUUUACCAUUAGCAAGUGAUGAAAUUAUGAUUAAUAACUUUCCUUAAUUAUUAAUGGACUAUUUAUUAAAGGUUUAUAUAGGGUUUAAAUAUUGGUUGUAAAACAUCUAGAUAAAAUUGUGUCAGUAGCACUUUGUAAAUGGUUAAUGUUUGGUUUUUUAACCAUCAUAAACAUUACUUAGAUGGUAAUUGUGAAGUUAGGCUUAGGUUUUUAAAAUUGUAAAAUUUACAAUUUAUUAUUGGUCUAUAUGCUAUUUAUAAAAGAUGAUUAAACAUUAAUAAACUAUCUGCUUACCAUUUAUAAAUGGUCUAUUUACCAUUUAUAAGUUAUGGUUACUGUGAAGUGUUACCAUAUUAUUCUAUUCUUAAGCAUCCAUUGCCCUCCAGAUCAAAAAUAACCCACUUGAACUCCCUAACUCUCCAUAAAUAGUCCAAAGCAAUGAGUCAAACAGAUAAGUUAUGGACACACAAGUCAGGAUAGUUGUUCACAUAGAAAUACAAAUUCUGUGCAGCUGACUGUUCUAAAGCUGAGAAAAAACAAAACAAAAUUAGGUUAAAUGUAUUUAGCAUGGCUAAAGACAGGGUCACACAUCUUCAUGUAAGCAGAGCUAGCACCACCAUCUUUUUUCCUUCCUUGCAAGUAAACAUCUAUAUGAGCUCAUCACACACCAAGCACUUCAACCAACCACUGCCAACAUAAACAUUUAUCUCCAUUUUCUAGAUCUAAAUACUGCCAAACAAGGUGAUGGUACCAGAUGCCAGCUGUCAUAUAUGCUUGUUUACAUCAGGCUUGUAGUCUUACUGUAAAUAUGAAAAAGUUACAGAAUAAAAAAUUACAACCCUCUUAACUUUUCUUCUCCUGACUUUUCUUUGUCAGAUUGAGCGUACACUGUUUGAAGACACUGUGAAGACACUAAAUAACUACUACGCAGAGGCAGAGAAGAUAGGAGGCCAGUCCUACCUGGAGGGAUGCCUAGCCUGCGCCACAGCAUACCUCAUCUUCCUCUGUAUGGAAACACGCUAUGAAAAGGUGAGACUGGUCAUCUUGAUAGUGUUUAACCCGCCUGGAUUUCCAUCUCAUCUGUCCUUUUCCUGCUGUUUGGAUUUUAGGUGUUGAAGAAGAUAGCAAAGUACAUCCAAGAACAGAAUGAGAAGAUCUACGCCCCCAGAGGGUUGCUCAUCACAGAUCCAAUAGAGAGGGGAAUGCGUGUUGUAUCCUUCUUUGCUGUUUAAGCUCAUGCAAUGGCAUCUGUCUUUUCUGUUGAAAUGAUCACACUGCAGCAGAUUCUUUUUCUGUAACUCCUCUUCCACCAGAUAGAGAUUUCCAUCUAUGAAGACCGGGGCUCUAGUGGCUCCAGCUCAGGAAGCAGUUCUGUGUCUGGCAGCACUGCUCGAUGACUGGGUUCUUCCUCACAACCAUGUCCGUGUGAUCACUCCCAACCCUGAAGGAACUUAGGACAAUAAUACAACUCCUGUUUCAACACUUGGCUCACACAUCCCAAAGCUACCCUCACACAAAGGAUUCACCAACUGUCAACAAUGCCAGGCAUGAUGCCAACAUUCGCUAAAAAUGUUCACGCUUUUUCCACAGUGACCCCUGAAAAAAAGCACUUUGGAAGUCUCUUGCAAAGCAAUGUGAAUACGCUGAAACAGUUUUGUUCAGAUUUCUUUUAUUGGUGAGACUUUGUGUGAUCGUAUCUUCACCUCCUCUACCAAGCUUCCACAGCUUUGUGUCGUCCGGUGGAUGAGAAAAGGAUGGAAGGAUUUGAGAGAGGAAGGGUAGUGUUGGGGCAGGAAAAUGGACCACAAACCUUGCCAAACCUCAUACCUCAGCCGCCACAGUUGCACCAUGUGGUCUCAAGCCUGGCCCCAACAAAACUGGACCAACCAGGAAACUGGACGGGACUCAUCACCACUUGCUCAGCACACCAGGCACUGGCUUUAAUUUUUUAUCUGUAGCUUCUUCCAAGUAUCUAGCUUUUCGCAAAUAUAAGUAGACUGAAUAAGUAUUGAAGUAGCGCAUCAGAAAAACUCACCUCCCUGGACCUUCACCAUCUGUGUAAAGAACCCACUCCUCCCUCCCUGCUGAUGUUUAUCAUACCGUCUGGUAGCAGACGAAUGUCAUCCAGCCUGUCAGUGUAUAAUGUAGCAGAUCCUCCAUUUUCACACAUGAAGCCUGUAUUUAAUUUGUUUGACAUUCAAGCACAAACACGUGCACAAAUCCAAGUGUCUUGGUUUCAAUAAACAAGACCAACUCUUCACUAAAUUGUGAUUAUGCAAAGGUAUACUGUGUAUUAAAAGCAGUAGACAAAUAAUGGGUUAAAAAAGUCUUCCUGAAUCAUACCUUAAGUGAUUUUGAAUGAACCAACCCUCCCUUGUGUUACCAACAAACUUCCAAAGAACAUUGACUGCCAGACACUGGCUCAGAAAUGUGAAUGUGUCUCUUCUUUUGGUGACAUUUUGCGCAGGACUAAACUUUCGUACUGCUUAUUGUUUGAUAUAUGUGGCCAUGAGGUGUAUGACUGGAGUUCAAUAAAAACUGUUUCAUCAAAGUC